AUGGCCUCAACUUGCAGGGAGAUAGGAAAUGGAACUUGGAGUUCAUGGUUUAUUCCCCUUGAGAAGCAGGUGAAGUCGAUGAAAGAACUGUCAGGAGGAUACAAUAUUGUUGGCCUUUCCCAGGGCAACCUUAUUGGCCGGGGCAUUGUGGAGUUUUGUGAAGGGGCACCUCAGGUUCAAAAUUUUAUCUCUAUAGGAGCACCCCAAGCUGGAAUUGCCUCAGUUCCCCGCUAUACAGGGCCCUCUCGUGCUAUAGCAGAUAAAAUAAUGAGAGCUGGCAUUUACUCCGACUAUGUCCAGAACCGGUUUGCUCCCAGUGGAUAUACCAAGUUACCACAUAAUAUUCCAGACUACUUGGAGAAAUGCAGGUUUCUCCCAAAGCUCAACAAUGAACGUCCUGAUCAAAGAAACCCUAUUUACAAGAAAAGGUUUAGCAGCCUGAAAAACCUUGUGCUUAUCAUGAAUGCAAAUGACACCGUGAUCAAGCCCAAAGAGAGCUCAUGGUUUGGAUAUUAUGCAGAUGGGGGCUUAGGAACAAUUUUACAGCCUCAGGAGACGAAGCUUUACACCGAGGACUGGAUUGGUUUGAAAAGCUUGGACAAAGCGGGAAGAGUGAAGUUCAUCAAAGCAGCAGGCGCUCAUAUUGAUAUGUCAGAUGCUGAUAUCAAGAAGUAUGUUGUUCCAUACUUGCGGGGCAGCAGGCGUCGGCCGGAUGUUCAUGACAGCGCCGCGGCUAAGGAAAGCACUGGCUCUGAGGAGGUCACCACCAUCGGAAACUAGACUUUGCUUGCUAGGGCGAUCAACGAGCUAGAAAAGUGUUGGUGAUGCAUGGAGGAAUCAUGCAGGCAGCAAAGAGCUUCGAGAUGUAGGUGUUUAGUUAGGGUGUAAUUGUGUCGAAUCCGCAAUUAAAAGAGUAUGAGAAUAAGGGCAAUGCCAUUUACUGUAAGCUUAUGGAAAAAUCUCUCAUCCAAAUCACUUGAUCUUC